AUGCCGCCAAGAAAACGGUCCCCUACUACCCAGAACGGAUCACCUCUUAGUCCUCCGCCCGAUUCCACCACCAGUGGUGUGAAACCUCCUUCACCUAAUCCUACAUCCCCCCUGGGAAUUUCAUCUAGUCAUCAUCUCAAGUGUCCACCUGUUGACAAUCCUGUACUUGAGAAGAUUCAAAGGCUUUCUGAUGAUGAGCGUAAACUAUUCCUUGCUCACAAUUUUGAUAAAGUCAGCAAGAAGCCGAACAAAUUGCAAUAUUACAACAUCUUAUAUCUAUCCAAUCCCGGAACUUCAAGCAGGCCUUCUCACCUUAAAGAAUCACUCAUUAACAAUUUUCUGACAAAUGUCAGACCUUUACUCAAGCUGCACUUGUUACCUCCUCCCGCGCCAAAGCCCACUGAACCCGCGUCAAAUUUUGACCCUCUUGGCCGCAGAACCACCCAACAAAUGCUUACCACAGCCAUCCGCCAGAGUGACCCAGACGCUACGUUACCAGCUCUUGCCAAUAUUGAUGAUGUUUUGAUUCUAUACAAGGAAUAUGUUGACCCCGAACUUAAACUUCCUGUAAAUGAAUCCUUGGCUAUGAACAAGGAGACCCUCAUGGACCUCUACAUAAAGUUUGUUCGUGAUGAAACCCCACGUAGCAAACUCAUACUUGGCUUUCAUCACACGCUAUUGCAUCUAACAGCCUCUGAUCUGCCUCACGACCCGAUGGACACUCAAAUCGCCUUUGAAAUCAAAAUCAGCUUCUUUCAAACUCCAUCCACUGCAAUGCCUCUACGUCAAAAGAAAACAAACCAAGCUCAUUGGGUAGUAUGUCUCUGUACUGCUUAUGAAUGUUGUAGUCAAUCCUACGCAGACGCCAAUGGCCGCCAUCACCGAGGUGUUGAGGUUUCACCUGAGACCCGUAUUACACACAAACACGCUGACUUCCGUAAUAAACUGCUCAAAUCUCCUCCUCAAACACCAGAACAACCUAUUCAAGCAUCAACUUCUUUGGCUCAAGACGCCCUCUUGUCUCCGUUAAGACAACUACACCUGGCUACAACACCUUCACCAAGCCACUCUCAUCAUUCAGAUCAGGAUCCUCUGGUUCAACACGAUCCUUCGGUCAACCCAGAUUCACCAAGACAAUCUCCUGCUCAAAGGGCAUCUCGUAAAUCUCAGUCUCCAUCUACACAGACCUGCUUCGAAGCCACCUUGGCCAAAGCGUCAGGUCAGCAAGUGUUUGGCUGUGGUAAAUUUAUUGUCAGACUUUUCAAAAUCAUCACUUCUAAAUUGAUAUGGGCAAUUCAAUGUUAA